CACUGCCCCCGCCGAUGGCCUGCAUCUCCCCUGCUCUCCUCGCCACGGUUUCACGCUCGCACAGCCGCCCCCAAACCACCAGGAUUUCCACCGCAGAUCACUCGCCCGCCUGCUCGCCUCUCCUCUCCUCAUCUCUCCUCCCAACCGUCGCCGUAACAAAUCCCAGCCCGCUCCUUCACACCCACCAGCUAGAAGCUUUGGCAGUUGAGCUAGGCACCACAGUCCACAGACGUGCUGUGCUGCUGCGUGCAUAUAUAUACUCUGGUGGCAUCAUCUGGUGUGUUUGUUGGUAGCUAGCUAGGGGACGGUCUGAUGAGAUCCAUGGGCAGCUCGGACUCAUCUUCCGGCUCCGCACCACCGCGGCAUCAGCCGCCGCCUCCGCAGCAGGGCUCGGCGCCGGAGCUCCCGCCGGGCUUCCGGUUCCACCCGACGGACGAGGAGCUGGUCGUGCACUACCUCAAGAAGAAGGCCGCCAAGGUGCCGCUCCCCGUCACCAUCAUCGCCGAGGUGGAUCUCUACAAGUUCGACCCAUGGGAGCUGCCCGAGAAGGCGACCUUCGGGGAGCAGGAGUGGUACUUCUUCAGCCCGCGCGACCGCAAGUACCCCAACGGCGCGCGGCCCAACAGGGCGGCGACGUCGGGGUACUGGAAGGCCACCGGCACCGACAAGCCUAUCAUGGCCUCCGGCUGCGGCCGGGAGAAGGUCGGCGUCAAGAAGGCGCUCGUCUUCUACCGCGGGAAGCCGCCCAAGGGCCUCAAAACCAACUGGAUCAUGCACGAGUACCGCCUCACCGACGCGUCUAGCUCCGCCACCACCAGCCGACCGCCGCCUGUCACCGGCGGGAGCAGGGCUGCCUCUCUCAGGUUGGACGACUGGGUGCUGUGCCGCAUAUACAAGAAGAUCAACAAGGCCGCCGCCGGGGAUCAGCAGAGGAGCAUGGAGUGCGAGGACUCCGUGGAGGACGCCGUCACCGCAUACCCGCCCUAUGCCACGGCGGGCAUGACCGGUGCAGGGGCGCAUGGCAGCAACUACGAUUCACUGCUCCAUCACCAGGACAGCCACGAGGACAACUUCCUGGACGGCCUGCUCACAGCAGAGGACGCCGGCCUCUCGGCGGGCGCCACCUCGCUGAGCCACCUAGCCGCGGCGGCGAGGGCGAGCCCGGCUCCGACCAAACAGUUCCUGGCCCCGUCGUCUUCAACCCCGUUCAACUGGCUCGAUGCGUCAACCGUUGGCAUCCUCCCACAGGCAAGGAAUUUUCCUGGGUUUAACAGGAGCAGAAAUGUCGGCAACAUGUCGCUGUCGUCGACGGCCGACAUGGCGGUGGACAACGGCGGCGGCAAUGCGAUAAACGCCAUGCCUCCAUUUAUGAAUCAUCUUCCCGUGCAAGACGGGACCUACCAUCAACAACAUGUCAUCCUCGGCGCCCCGCUCGCGCCAGAAGCCACUGCCGCCGCCACCUCUGCCUUCCAGCACCCCGUCCAAAUAUCCGGCGUGAACUGGAAUCCCUGAACAAAUGAUAUGAACACCGCAUAUGCGCAUGCACGCAUGCAUUGCUAGCCAGUAGUUGUUGCAGCUAGUUAGUGGUAGUCGCAUUCAGUGAGCACUGAGUAGUUGCAUUGCAUGCACAUCACCAUUGCAUGGAUAUAUGUGGCUGCAUUGCACCAUGAGCACGUACUUAUGCGAACUUGCUAGCCAUAUACACAGCUAGGAAUAUUUUCGAAGUAAAAAAAAGUCAGAACAUAUAUAGUAUGAUAUCAGCUUCAUAUGCAUAUAUAUUGUAGAGAGCAUAUAGUAAAUAUAUAUGCAGCUGAUUACAAUCCCCAGUCAGAUAGUAUAAUUUUUGGCCAUAUACCUAGCUAGGAGUAUUUUCGAACUAAAAAACGAGUCACAACAUAGUUGGAUAUUAGUUUCAUAUGCACAUAUAUACAUUGUAGUGCAUAUAGUAAAUAGUAAAUAUAUAUGCAGUUGAUUACAAUCCCCAGUCAGAUAUUAUUUUUGGCCGGGUCUAUUCCAUCAUAUACUCCACAAUUAUAUCUGACUCUGCGAAGUAAAUAUAUAUGCAGUUGAUUACAAUAUAUAAAUAGGCUUGCAUGUAAAUAGGGCAUGCAUGAUAAAUGCAUGCACGUGUAUGAUUGAUCACAUAUUUAAUGAUAUUUUUAUAUUUGAAUUAAGAUUUCUGAGUUACUUCCUCUGUAAACUAAUAUAAGAUAUUUUAGAUUCAGGGACCAGA